ACAAUACAACCACGUUGUAAGGGCGAGUAAGAAACUGGUCCGGAAUCAACCAAUCGCACGCUGUGUGAUCGAUUACGUCACGUGUCUGCGGAAGUCAUGGAGGCAAAAGGAGACAGAGGGAAUCUGGAGAAGGUGCACCAUGUGGUAUUGGUUCUGUCCGGUAAAGGGGGGGUUGGGAAGAGCACCAUCACGACAGAGUUAGCACUCGCUCUGUUACAAGCAGGGAAGAAGGUGGGGGUGUUGGAUGUGGACCUGUGUGGGCCGAGUAUCCCCCGCAUGCUUGGUGUGAGUAAGCAUGAGGUCCAUCAGUGUGACGCUGGAUGGGUCCCAGUGUGUGUGGACCGUCUGUCCCUCAUGUCCAUUGCCUUCCUUCUGGACGACCCUGAUGAUGCUAUCAUCUGGAGAGGACCUAAAAAGAACGCUCUGAUUGGUCAGUUUGUGAGUGAUGUGGCAUGGGGGGAACUGGACGUGUUGCUUGUGGACACACCCCCUGGAACAUCAGAUGAGCACUUGGCCAUCCUGGAGAACCUGAAAAAACAUAGAGUGGAUGGAGCCAUACUGGUCACCACACCACAGGCGGUAUCUACAGGAGAUGUUCGGCGUGAGAUUACUUUCUGUAAGAAGACGGGCCUGAAGAUUUUGGGCAUAGUGGAGAACAUGAGUGGCUUUGUGUGUCCUCACUGCACUGAAUGCACCAGUAUCUUCUCUAAAGGAGGAGGAGAGGAACUUGCCAAGCUCACAGGAUCAGACUUCCUGGGCUCUGUGCCGCUGGACCCUCUCCUGAGUGCGAGUGUGGAGGAAGGUCAUGAUUUCUUGAAGGCGUUUCCAGAGAGCGCCACCUACAGCUCUAUCAGACACAUCACAGAUAGGCUUCUGAGCAGCCUGGAGCACUGACACCCUUCAUCAUCAUCAUCAUCACUAUAGUCACCAAACAGUGUACAGAAGCAGGACUGUAGAAAAACUGACUCAAAACACUUCUUCACUUGUAAACCUGCUGUAAAUUACACACGUUUUUAUCAUGGUGUGUGUGUGUGUGUGUGAGUACACUGUGCAUAAACACAUUUAUAAUAAACAAAUGGCUGAAGUGUG